AAUAUCAUCCAAAAAAGAUAUUCAUCUAUAUCACCGCCACCACAAGAGUCUUUGCUACCACAAAAAUUUUUGCCACCACAAACACCUUUUUUGUCACAAGCACAUUCACUAUCACAAGCAUCUUUGUUGCCCCAAGCACUAUCAGUUUUAUUAUCGCAAGUACCAAGUAAUUGGACCUUUGGUCCUUCAGUGUUUCAGCUAUUUUUGCCACCAUUUAACACUUAUCACACACUGUCAUUGAUGCUAUUCAACCUGUACUAUACACCAACACCACAAUUUACUUCAUCUUCAUUUCAAGUUAGUUAA